AUGGCGGCGCCCAUGCGUGACGGCGUUCCCGCCUUGGCGCCCGGCGCUGCCCCCUACGGCAACUUCCCCCAUUACUCCCGGUUCCACCCGCCCGAGGGCCGCGUCCGCCUCCUGCCGCCGGGGCUCCUGCGGCGCCUCUUCCCCGCCGCCGCCCGCCCGCUCCUGGGGCUCGACGUGGGCUGCAACUCGGGGGAGCUAAGCGUGGCUUUGUACAGGCGCCUGCUCGGCCUGCCGGAGGACGGAGGCAGCCGGGACGAGCCUGACGCGGGGCAGGACCUGAACCUGCUGUGCUGCGACAUCGACGCGGCGCUGGUCGAGCGGGCUCGGCAGUGCAGCCCCUUCCCUGCCUCCAUCUCCUUUGCCCAGCUGGACAUCAUGGACCGCGGUGCCAGGGAGCCCUUCCUGCGCUCCCACCUGCGCCGCUUCGGCCGCGCCGCCUUCGACAUCGGCUUUUGCAUGUCCGUGACCAUGUGGAUCCACCUGAACCACGGCGACAGCGGCCUCGUGGCCUUCCUGGCCUUCCUGGCCUCUCUGUGCAAGUACCUGCUGGUGGAACCGCAGCCCUGGAAGUGCUACCGGGCGGCCGCGCGGCGCCUCCGCAAGCUGGGCAGGAACGACUUCGACCACUUCCGCUGCCUCGCCAUCAACGGGGACAUGGCGGCGAGGAUCACGGAGAUCUUGACCAGGGAUUGUGCCAUGGACUUGGUGUGCUGCUUCGGCAGCACCAGCUGGGACAGGAGCCUCUUGCUCUUUAAAGCAAAGGGAUCCGAUCCCGAGGGCAGGGAGCCCUCGGAGCAGCGCGGUGAUGGACGGGAACGGCCUCUCGCGCUCGUGACUUCCUAGGAAAGAAGGUGUGUGCUGGUUACGGAGUCACGUCUGGGAGUUGCUACAUGCCCGCCGGCAUCCCAUCGUCACCUCCCGAGGGAAUUGGGGAGGGCAGAAAGUCAACUCUGCCUUCUUUUUUCGCUUGGUUUUCCUCUAUCUGCAAAAUGCAGUGACAUCCCUGCCUUGUGG